GGUUUCGGUGGUUGUGAUGGGUUGUGAUUGUUUUUGAAGUAAAAAAAUAAUAUUUUGUUUUGUUUUUAGAACUCUUUACGAAACAGUUUAAACAUUCGAACUUUAGGAGUUUUUUUCGCAUUAUAUUAAACACCUUAAGGGUGUUUUUUUUUACCAUCAAAGGUCAAAUUUCAUUGCUUUUUUAAAGAAAUCUAAUAUUCUUUCAUUCAUUUAAUUGUAAAGUUUCCCAAACAAGAUGGCUUCUUCUUCUUCUUCAUCAUUAUCGUCUUCACCUCCUGCAUGGUCGGCGAUUGUAUUGACUUGUCAGAAUAAAACAAGUGCUGAUGCCUUUAAGAAAGAGCUUGACAUUCGCCAGAAUGAAGGCUUCAUAGACAAGAACACACGUAUCUUGGCCAUAGAGGAUCCUAAGUCUCGAGUGGGCAGUGGAGGAGCCACUUUGAAUGCUUUGCUUGUGGUAACUGAGCAUCUGUCUGCAGAGGCAGGAUUUACUACCAUGGAUGCAAGUGUUAUUUCCAAAAGCAGAAUUCUAAUCAUGCUCAUGGGUCGAGACUAUCCAUUCAGUCCUUAUGGAAGGGCCUUUACCACACUGCCUGCAAAACACAGCAACAGCCAUUCAGUAUCAUUGGCCGAUUCUUUGGUUACCAACUUCGACUGCCUUCUCCAUUACCUGACAAAUAAUAUCUGCCGUGAUUCCCCUCAUGGUGUAUGGGUCUCUAGCACAGAUAUGAUGUUGUCUGUGCCGUCCAAUACAGAAAUCAACUGGGCCAGUAUCUCAGAAGAUAUUGUUCUACUGCUGUAUGAAAGCGAGAUCGAUUAUGCUAAGCUCCAUGGGACGUGCAAACUAGAUGACAAGGGAAUUGUUAAGAACAUGAUCUACAAAGGAAGUGAGGAGGAACUCAAAGAUUUUGCUUUACCAAAUGGGCAUGACAAAUUAAAAGUGCCUAUAGUUGGUAGUACAGUGUUUUUCAGUGAAAAAGCAGUAGCUAAACUUUUAACACUGCACUCCUAUCCACCACUAGAUGCUUGUACUUAUUACGGUCUGGAUAACGGUGCCAAACCGAUACAGAUUGGCCUGUUCUUUCAUAUUCUCCUGACCAUGGCAACUGACAUCUCAGAAAAGGAUUUUGUGCAUGGUAAACCCAGUGGUGCUUAUGGUAGAAGCACAAGAACAGGUGUAAAGAAAAUGACUGAUGAGGAAAUGGAGCUAAUGACUGGGGCAAGGAAGACACUGUGGACACACCUUAGAGGAAUGAAGGUGCAGGGAGUGGUGAUGAAGGAUUGUAAAUUCAAGUACAUGACUCCAACUGGGCUUUGCUAUCAAAUACUUGUGUCCAAACCUCUCAAAAAGUUCAAGAAGAAUAACCUUCCGUACCAAACAGAACAUCAGAUGCAUGUUGCUACUGAGGGAGAAGGUCAAAGUAUCCACGAAGAAGCCAUUGUGAUGAAUUCAGUUAUCAAGGGUCCAAUAACAGUUGGGGAAAAUUCAGUCAUAUCUCAUUGUUACUUACAGGUGUGUAUGAUACACACAAACACGCAGCAAGCAGUCGCAAAAUUGAUGUUGGUUUUGAAAUGAUAUGAGGUUUUGAAAGGUUGUGGGUGAGAUGUUGGUAGGUUGCAGGUGGGUGUUGGUAGGUUGCAGG